AUGCGCAAAGUGCCCGAUGGUCAAAUGAUGCGACCCAACAGGAAGACUAACGGAAGCGGUGUUCAGGCACAGGAAACCCGGAUCUGUGUGGUCAUGGUCGGUCUUCCAGCCAGAGGAAAGAGUUUGAUAGCUCAGAAAGUUGUUCGCUACCUUCGCUGGCUCUCGAUCGACGCAAAGACCUUCAACGUAGGCCAAUACCGUCGCACAAACACACCGAACCCGUCAGCCGAAUUCUUCGACACUAGCAACGCCGAGGGCGAGAGAAUGCGCAAAGCUGCCGCCGAAGCUGCCGUGACCGACAUGCUGAAAUGGUUCGACAACGGUGAAGGUCUUGUCGCAGUCCUCGAUGCCACAAACUCGACAAAAUCGCGAAGAAGAUGGAUUCAAGACCGAUGCGAUGCCGCCAAUGUACAAACCAUGUUUGUCGAGUCGAAAUGCGACGAUGAAGACCUCGUCAUGUCCAACAUUAAAGAGGUCAAGACCACGUCUCCCGACUACCUUGGGCAGGAUCCCGAAGUUGCUGCAAAGGAUUUCAGAAAAAGAAUCAGAAACUACGAAAAGGUGUACGAGACAUUGGACGAAGACGAAGCCGACCUCACAUACUGCAAAUUGAUCGAUGUUGGACACCAAGUCAUCAUCAACAAGAUCAAGGAUUACCUGCAGUCCAGAGUUGUCUACUACCUAAUGAACCUGCACAUCAAGCCACGUUCCAUCUGGCUGUCACGACACGGCGAAUCGGAGUACAACUUGACAGGUAAGAUUGGCGGAGAUGCCAACAUCAGCGAAAGAGGUCAGAUGUACGCCAAGAAGCUGCCCGAGAUCGUCAAGCAAAGUGCAGGAGACCUUGAGCUCACAGUCUGGACUUCGACGUUGAAGAGAACUAUUCAGACUUCGAGAUUCUUGCCCUUUGAGAAACUGUCGUGGAAGGCACUGGACGAGCUGGAUUCUGGUGUUUGCGACAGCUUGACGUAUGCAGAGAUUGAGGAAAGGUAUCCUGCAGACUUCAAGUCUCGCGACGAAGACAAAUACAACUAUCGCUACUUGGGUGGUGAAAGUUACAGAGAUGUAGUCAUCCGCUUGGAACCUAUCAUCAUGGAGCUGGAGCGUAGCGAAAACAUUCUUAUCGUCACACAUCAAGCAGUGCUGAGAUGCAUCUAUGCUUACUUCAUGGGCGUCGACCAGGCGAAGAGUCCUUGGAUGGAGGUUCCUCUACACACAUUGAUCAAGCUUUCGCCCAGAGCAUACGGCACGCAAGAGGAGAGAUACUCGGCCAAGAUCCCCGCAGUGAGCACCUGGCGUGGAAAGGGAUCAAGUGCGCAGCACUCAGAUCCUGGCCCUGGUGAAGGGACGGUGGAUAUUGAGGUGAACGGAAAGCCGGUCAAAUAA